CGACCUUCGAGGAACCCCGCCAAAUGCCCCGCGAUGUCUUGGCGCCAUCAUUGCUCGGCAGAACCACACACCGCCUUGCCCUGACCGCCGAGUUCAGGUUAGCUCGCAGAUCACUCUAAGGUAUCUAGCCGGAGCUCACCUGUGUCUUAUUGUUGACUUUGAUCCAACAUAACGGGGUGAGCGUCGAUCGCCUGGAUAAGAUGGUGCCUCUUUCCAUGGGAAGCCUGCCGUCGGUGCGUCGGCAGCAUCUUCUAUCAGAGUUUGCGGGCCUGAAGCAAGCCUGCCCCGAAGGGGUGUAUGUCAGCCUCACACCAGGCGAUCCUACUCUAUGGUCGGCCGUGCUCUUUGUGCGCGACGGCCCUUACGCACCUGCUGUCCUGCGGUUCCACAUCUCAUUCCCCAGCUCAUAUCCAAACUUGCCGCCCGUCGUCACGUUCUCAUCCGACAUAUUCCAUCCCCUUAUUACGCCCCUGACGACAUACAUGUACUCGACUGAUGUACACGAAGGUGGUACAGCAAGCGCUACUGAUGAUGAGAGGUUACCACCAGGGGGAUUCAGCUUGCGCCACGGCUUCCCGCACUGGUUUGGACGUGGCAAUCGUAACGGGCCGACGGAAGAUCAGAAGAUCCAUGAGAAGCAGAUGCUGGCAACGCCAAAGCCGGUUGGGCACGCCACAAUGAUCACGCCCGAGUCAGCAGGGAAGGCAGCGGCCGCCAGCUACACGAAGACGAGUACCAGCCAUGUGUCAGCUUAUGACAUCUUGAAGUACAUCCGUGGUACGUUUGAUGACGAGGAGUUGCUAGACGCUGUGCCGUUGGAGGCAGCUGGCAAUCCUGGUGCAUGGCACGCGUGGCGUACCCAUCGUCGGAAACUGGGUAAGAUCCGUGACGAGCCCGUGCAAGACCAGGAUGGAGCGGAUGCCGCUGCUAGUAGCACCAUCGAGGAAGACAUCCCAGCGUCCGCUUCUGAUCAAGACCCAAAGGCAAGAUCGCAGAGUACGGUACGCAAGCCCGGGGAGUGGAACUGGGAGGGGGUCUGGGAAGAUCGCGUUAGGAAAGGCGUCCAAGCCAGUCUCUCUGAGUCCGUGUUGUACGGAGGGGCUACAGCACUCCCCGAUGAGCUCAUCAAAUUCUUGCCUCUGGAGGAGAGCGAAGUAGAUUCUGUGAAAGAGAAUAUUCGCCGCACUCUUGGGGCCUCAACCUAAGACACUCUACCAUACCACGAUACAGUCAACAGCUGUCUACUAGUAGGGUACUAAAUUGCCUCGGGUGCAUGGGCUGUUUGAAGUUCCUUCCACCUGGCCGAACUGCUCUUUCCACUUCCUUUCCGGGGUUUCACUUGCCUCGGAAUUC